GGCCGGUUAAAGAUAUGAAAUCCGAUCUGCUAAAUCUUCAUGCGGCAGUACACUUGAAAAUGAACGCUUUUGAGACACCUACGGACCGAAUAUAUUUGGCGAUGUUCAGAAAUCGAGGCCCCGGGCAUUUCGAGGGUAAUUACAUGGCCGGCAGUUUCUUAAGCUAG